CGGAGACGACAGCUAGCUACGUUCGUAGUGUGAUCGCGGAUGGCCACCAGCAACAGCGACUCGACGACGACGGCGACGCGUUGCAAUGGCGCCGGCGGUGGGGAACACCAGGAGGUCGGGCACAACAGCCUCCUGCAGAGCGACGCGCUCUACCAGCACAUCUUGGAGACGAGCGUGUACCCGCGCGAGCCUGAGUGCAUGAGGGAGCUCCGCAAGAUCACCGCCGAGCACCCGUGGUGCGUGGCUGCCGCAAUGUGCCGCCCGAGCGCGCGUGUGGACAGGACCGAUGGUUCUGUCCGCGGCUGAUUUCUGCGAAAUCUUCCGUUUUCUUGCAGGAACAUGUUGAUGACGUCGGCGGACGAGGGGCAGUUCCUGGGCAUGCUGCUCAAGCUCAUCGGCGCCAAGAGGACCAUGGAGAUCGGCGUGUACACAGGCUACUCCCUCCUCGCCACCGCGCUCGCCAUCCCCGAGGACGCCACGAUCCUGGCCUUGGACAUCAACCGGGAGAACUAUGAGCUGGGCCUGCCCUACAUCAAGAAGGCCGGCGUCGCGCACAAGAUCGACUUCCGCGAGGGCCCCGCGCUCCCCGUCCUCGACCUCAUCCUCCAAGACGAGAAGAACCUGGGUUCGUUCGACUUCGUGCUCGUGGACGCGGACAAGGACAACUACCACGAGCGGCUGAUGAAGCUGGUCAGGCUGGGGGGCCUUGUCGGCUACGACAACACGCUCUGGAACGGCUCCGUCGUGCUCCCCGCCGACGGGCCCAUGCGCAAGUACAUCCGCCGCUACCGCGACUUCGUGCUCCAGCUUAACAGGGCGCUCGCCGACGACGACCGUGUCGAGAUCUGCCAGCUCCCCGUCGGCGACGGCAUCACGAUCUGCCGACGCGUCAAGUGAUGCUACGUAACUGGGGAUGCUGUAUGGUAGCGCCCUGAAUACUGAAUUACCUAGUUGAACUGUCGCUAUCGCUGAUGGAACAAACUCAACCGAUUGCUAAUUGGGCACUUUGUGUUAAUGCUCCAUUGUACUCUGUUGUGCAUUUUGCAAUUCUACCCUGGUUUCAGUUACUUGCUAAUAUUACUAUUUCAGGUCUCAGAUAGUGUUUAACUCUG